UCAUUACCUGGAUCAAGUACAAGUGGGUACUAUGAAUUGGUUGAAAGCUAAUACUACAAUAAGCUUAAACAUUAACCGUACUGUUCAAAACCUAAGCAUUUUAAUUGAGAAUCAGGGAAGGAUUAAUUUUGGAGACUUUAUUGAAGAUAGGAAGGGAAUUUUUGAUCAAGUGAUUCUCGGAAAUAAAAUAUUAAGCCCUUGGAAAAUGACUGCAUAUCCUUUGAAUGAUACAUCAUGGAUUUCUUCAAUCAAAUCAGUUGAAAACGUCAACAGUGUUAAAUUACCAGCAUUUUAUAAAACACAGUUUACAUUACCAGUGUGUCAUUCUAUAAAACCAUCCAUUGACAAGCAAUAAUUUAUUCACAGUUCAUAACAUCAAGUAGAUAGGGCCCAGCUAGGAUACCUACAUAAUUCAGAAAAUUAAAACAUAUUCCCAGACAACAAAAUAAA